AUGAAGGGAGACAUGGACCUCUCUGUUUUGCCAAAUAACAACCAUCCUGACAAAUUCCUGCAGCUUGAUGUGAAGUCUUUAAUGAGGAGCUCAGCCCUUCUUCAGGCCAGCCUGGCGGGGUUUCCAGGUGGAAAUUACCCUGCUGCACAACACUGGCAAAACCUUGUCUACUCACAGAGAGGAAAGAAGACUAUUGCUGCACAACAAGCUAAGGGAUCCAGUGUGGAGAUCCCCAUGGCUGCUGAUAGCCCCCCACCAUCCCUGUCAUCCGUUCUGAAGAAUAAUCCACUCUAUGGUGACCUAAGUUUGGAGGAAGCUAUGAAAGAGAGGAAAAAGAACCCUUCUUGGACCGCUGAGGACUAUGACAAGCGUUCCCUGCACACAAAUCUCUCUGGCCUUCUGAAGGAAAAUCCUAAUGACCUACGGUUUUGGUUGGGAGACAUGUACACACCAGGGUUUGACACCUUAUUGAAGAAGGAAGAGAAACAAGAGAAGCAAACAAAGUACUGCCGUAUUGGUCUGCUUUUGCUCCUCGUCACCUGCAUCUUGGUUUCCAUAGUUACUAUUAGCACUUUUCUCACCUGA